AUGUUGAUUGUAGACGACCGCGGUGCUGCGUUGAAGGUUGGAGAGGGGCAGCGGGUAGCGGGCGCGGCGACGACGGAAGGGGAACUCGAACACGAGGAGGCCCACCGUGGUUUCUUCGCGCGUGUGAACUCUCGGCUGCAGUGCGCUUGCGUGGCUGUCGGCCGACGCGUUUCCUCCCGCACUCUUGAUGAUUGUAUUUUAUUUGUCUAG